UUUUCAGUAUAUAAGGACAUCAAGAGAAAAACAUUUUCUCAACAUGAUGUUUUCAGGGACGAAAUUUCAGCCUGUCCUUCUCUCCAUGCUCGAUACACUGUUCCAGUUGUUCCAAUUCAUAAAAAUCUUGUUACUCCAGAAUUUGCGCGUGAUGCCUGUCGAUUACCAGCCUCAUAUAACUUACAGGCGUAUAAACAUUUUCUAGAUAACUGGGGAACGCAUGUUACUACUGAGGUUGAGAUGGGACAGAAGUCUGCAACACGAUAUAGACUAUCAGUUGCCAAUCUUGCAGAUAUUCUGUUAAAUUCCCAUGACUCAAACGUAGCCUCAAUGAUGGUAGAAGCCUUUGAAGGAUACGGUUCUGUCGUACAUCUUAAUAUGUCGCACAUUCACCAUAGUGAUUUCUCCAAACUUCCUCUCGGUACCCAGAUCUCUCAUUACACUAUUGGUGCAGUUACAGAGGCAGUCUUAUCAUGGACGAUCAUUCCGAUAUUCCAAGUUUUUUCCAACGACUAUUGGCAAAAUUUAGAUGAAUUUUACCGAACUGGAAUAUGUGAUGGGGAUACGAUGAACCUCUUGCAACUUAGCAAAAAUUUUGUCAAAGCCCUUAGCGACUAUUCAACUGCAAGCGGUGGAGAAAAACCGCCGUCAGUGGACAUGAGACUGCCGAUAACGUGGCCAACUGGUACUUACGGACUAUAUAUGCCAAAGACUGGAUGUCCAAAGGAUCCAAGUGGUUUUUCUACCGGUUACUUUAUCGACGACACAGAAGAUUUCAAAAACCAAAAUAACUGGACAACUGGAAUUCAUUUAAAUGGAACGUUCAACCAUGGAGAAAUUGCAACAUAUUUUUGUAUGAAAAUAAAAGUUACACCAACUGAAUAUAAUCGGACAUGGCCAUCUGGAAACUACUGCAUUUUAAAGAAAGGAGAUUGUCCAGCUGGUUUUAGGCAAGGCGUUUUGCAUAUGGAUGAUGAAGAUGACAAUAAUGGUAAUGUUCAUGUUGGGGCAUUGCCUGACGGAUUCUUCGUCGAUGGAAAUUCCAUUUCCUUUUGUUGCAGACAAGAUAGCUAAGCUAACAUACCCAUACUUCUGCCAAUUGAUAAACCUUUUUAUCUCAUGCGAUAUACUGGACUGUGUCAAGAAGUCCUAGGUAUGAGCGUGUCCGAUGAGUUUAUCUACUAUGACAAUGAAGACAACAGAAAUGGUAAUAAUUGCACCGGAGCUCAUCCAUUUGUUGAAG